AUGAAUAUCCCUAACCAGAACCUUCCUCUGACCAACCACGUACUCCGCCAAGUUCGGCGACGCAGCUACGAAGAUCCAAACGAACGCAUGCCGCCGGGCGUGGAAGAAGUGAUCUCACGUGGCUCCUGCCAUAUCGGCCGACUAAACGACGAAACCGUGCUGAAGUACGCCUCCGACUUCAACGAUCCGAACUAUCUGAUGAGCAUCAAAAUCGAGUAUCGGAUUCUUCAAAUCCUCGGUCCUCACCCACGAAUCAUCGAAACCAAGGGUCUCGCCGAAGACGGACUCAUCCUGAAAUACUACCCCAACGGCACGCUCCGCGACUACAUCAAGAACCACCCAUACGAGACGCUCACCCGCCGCCUCGAAUGGUGCAAGCAGAUUGUCGAUACUCUGAGCUUCGUGCACAGCAAGCGCGUGAUCCACUGCGAUAUCUGUCUGCACAACGUGCUCCUCGACGACAACUUCGAUGUCAUCCUCGCUGACUUUCAGGGUCUGGUCAUCUCCCGUGAGACCGGUUUGACCAUGCUUGAUGGAUUGACCCGUGAGUGCGCGAAGUCGUACAUGCCGAGGGAGAAUAUCUGGUCUGCGAGUUAUCGGACUGAUCUCUUCGCGCUCGGAUCGGCUAUCUACCAUCUUAUUAAUGGUCAUGAGGUUUUCCCUGAGUUGGAUAGCUUUGAUGAUGAGAAGAUCAUUAGCGCUCGCUUUAUCGAUGUGGAGUAUCCGACGAAUGAUUACGUCGCUGGUAAUAUUGUGGAGAAGUGCUGGCGAGGGGAGUAUUCAUCUGCUGCUGAAAUUUCGAUUGAUAUUGCUGAGAUUCAGGCUGCUGUGAGGGUUGUUGAUGGGAUGUUGAAGGAGAUUGAUGUGGAUGCACCAAUCGAAAAGAUGGACGAAGAGAUCAAAGAGGAGGGCGAAGAGUACGAAGAGGAUGUCGAAGAGGAAGAGGGCGAAGAGUAUGAGGAUGAAGAGGACGGAGAGUACGAGGACGAUGAGGACAUGGAAGUUUCGUAA